GAUCAUAUUUUCAUAUCAUCCCUUUUAACGCAUGUCCACAAUCCUUUUGGCUCUUUCCACUUACUCAAUAGCCUCUUCUCUCUUGAUCUCAGUUUUGCAUGGUUAAGGUUGCAUUCAUAAAUAUAACUUUCCCAAGAAAGAAACAAGAGAAAACCAUCGAAUAUCAUAGGUGUGUUUAGUGUUGUGUUGUAUUGAAUUGGGAGAUAUGGUAAGGGAAUUCCCGUUGUACCAUCCGCAGUCGGAUGUGGUACCUUCAAGCCUGUAUGGGACGAUGAUGAUGCAUCUGGCUAAUGUUUCUGUGAAAGCUCAAAACGAUGCACCGGUGAUUCCAGCCGGUGGCUUAUUCAUAUGUCAAAAGACUCAUCAAUCAAGUCACCCUUUCGGCAUUUUUUAUGGUGACAAUACCAGCAUGACAUACUCCUUCCCUUUAAUGUUGUUAGAAAUUAGUUUCGUUGUCAUCGCCACUCGCAUUGUUCGUUUUCUUCUUUCGCCUCUUAAACAACCUAGGAUUGUCUCUGAGAUCCUUGGUGGAAUAAUUGUUGGGCCAAGUGUUUUAGGGAGAAGCAAAAGGUUCACUGCAUUUAUGUUUCCAGAAAAUGCAGACUUCAUGGUGAAGAACAUUGGAGUAAUGGGAUUCAUGUACUUUUUGUUCGUAUCAGGAGUGAAAAUGGACAUGACUCUAAUCACCAAAACAGGUAAGAAACAGGUGUGGAUUGCCUUAGCUUCAGUUGUAUUCCCAAUGGGCUUAAUCAUAGGCGUCGGAUUCCUCUUACGCCCAACGAUGGACAAGGAUCUCGCCACAUUAUCAUCAAUAGGAGCUGUCUCAUCCUCUGUCGCCAUAACAGCUUUCCCUGUUUUAUAUCCUCUCCUCAAAGAGCUUAACCUCCUCAGCUCUGACCUCGGUCGAAUGGCCCUUUCGACGUCAGUUAUAAGCGAUGCCAUUGGAAUCAAUGCGCUCAUAGCUUUCGAGUCAUCCAAGCAAACCGAAGCCCAAAGCAAAAACGCAGGCUGGUACCUGCUCUCAAUGGUCCUUAUCUUGUUAAUGUUGGUCGGUGUGAGGAAACUUAUGCAGUUGUUAGCUUCCAGGGCUCGAAAUGGAAAACCCGUCGAGCAAACUUAUUUAGUGCUCAUAAUGACGUUUGCUAUGUCAAUGGGAUUCCUCACUGACAUGUUUGGUUUGGCUAUAGCCAAUGGACCUAUGUGGCUUGGGCUCAUCAUUCCUGAUGGCCCUCCACUCGGAUCCAUGCUUGUAGAGCGUGUAGAAACUAUUGCUUCUGAAAUUUUGAUGCCCUUUUCAUUUGCAUUUAUAGGAAUGUACACUGAUGUCUCAACUAUCUACCUUGCAUGGCCAAGUUUGAAACCUUUGUUGGCCAUGGUUGUUAUCGGUUAUAUUGCUAAAAUUGCUACCACUUGUUUGGCUUGUCUUUAUUUCAAAAUGUCUUUAAAAGACAGUCUUGCUUUGAGCUUUAUUCUUAGCGUAAGAGGACAGGUGGAACUUUUAUUGUUCAUUCACUGGAUGGACAAACAGAUUCUACAGCAAUCUCAAUUCACAAUGAUGGUUCUUUUAACAACCAUGAUAAGUGCCAUAUGCUCACCUUUAAUAAGUGUUCUAUAUGACCCCACAAAACCUUACAUGGUGAACAAGAAGAGAACAAUUCAACAUACAGCACCAGGCACAGAUCUUCGAGUCCUACUUGUCAUUCUCGACCAAGAAAGUGUGGCUGGCUUAAUCACCCUUAUAGAAGCCUCCAACCCAACUUCGGCCACACCAUUCUCCAUCACCUCACUAUGCCUAAUCGAGCUCAUGGGCCGAGCCAACCCAAUCUUCAUCGACCACCAAAAACAAAGCCACGUCCCAACCCAAUACGGAACCUCAGUAACCAUCCACAAAGCACUCGAAUUCUACCAAGAAACUCGAUCCGAAUGCGUGAAGCUCGAGUCCUACACUGUGGUCACCCCAAAACGAACAAUGUACCAAGACAUUUGCGAGCAAGCCCUCCUCCACAAAUCAACUCUCAUCAUCUUACCUUUCAACAGCGACCAGAUGGAAGGAGUGGCAGACGAUUCAGAAAGACGAACAGGUGUUCGUUCAGUGAACUCGCUAGUGCUCACCCAUGCACCCUGCUCGGUUGGGAUAUUCCUCGACAAAGGAGAUCUCAGGAACCCUUUGGCAACAGCCUCGUUUGGCCAUGCACAACACCAUUUUGCGGUUCUGUUCUUGGGGGGAGCCGAUGCCAGGGAGGCAUUGGCUUAUGCUGAUCGAAUGCUGGGAAACCCCGAGGUGACAUUAACGGUGGUGAGAUUCCUGUCGUUUAAUGGAGAAGGAGAUAAUGAGAUGGAGAAGAAGCUUGAUGAUGGAGUGGUGACUUGGUUUUGGGUGAAAAAUGAAGCGAACAACAGGGUGGUGUACAGAGAAGUGGUUGUGAGGAAUGGGGCGGAGACGGUGGCCGCGAUUCAAGCUGUAAACGACGGGUCGUUUGAUUUGUGGAUUGUGGGGAGACAACAAGGGAUAAAUCCUGUGCUUGUGUCAGGUCUUUCGGAUUGGACAGAGAAUUUGCAUGAGUUAGGAGUAAUAGGAGAUUAUGUGGGAGCAAGUGAUUUUGGAGGCUCAGCUUCUGUUUUGGUAAUUCAACAGCAAAUUCUCAGACAACAAGGCACCACUACCACUUCUUGUGGUAACCUUAAUAGAUUGGGUGCCUUGUUUGGUAGUCAUUAUUAGUUAGCAUCCUCCAUGCAACAACCAGGUCAAUUUAUUGAGUGUGAAGGAAAGGAGUAAACCAUAAUAAAAGGCUCUUUAAAGUGUAAGCUUCACAAGAUGUUAUUGGUGUAUUUUGAUAUUGGGUUUAACCAUUUUGAUUUAAUAAAUAACAUAAAAAAAAAAAAUAAUUAACCAAAUAUAAAGUAUCAAGUUGGUGUUAGAUACUUUUAAGUGCCAAAUAACAAUGAUGAAGUCAAAAUAAUAUUAUUUCAAGUUGUGGUAGCUCCUCUCAUCUAGUUCCACAUUGGUGACAACCACCAAUCAUAGUCUGGUUGUAGUUUGUAUAAAAUGUGUAACUUAAUUGAUAUAAUUUAUUAUUAGAAAAAGAUACUGCGCUUCGCGCGGUUUUUAUAACAA